AUGGCAUCCAAUGUUGAUGCAUUUGUUGUAGUGGAAAGAGUUAUCAAUGAUGUAGUAGAUAUGUUUAUACCAAGCGUUAACAUGGCGGUUUAUUUUGAGGAUAAACAAGUUAUAAAUGCGAGUGAUAUUAAGCCAUCUUUGGCGGUUAUAACUCCUCGGGUCAACAUAAGCGGAGAUCCAAAUCUAUCAUAUACCCUGGUGAUGACUGAUCCUGAUGCGCCGAGUCCCAGUGAGCCUAACCUCAGAGAAUGGGCACAUUGGAUUGUAACGGAUAUCCCUGGCUGCGGUACUGUUUCUGAAGGGAAAGAAAUUUUGGCAUAUUCGCCGCCUCGUCCGAAGGUUGGAAUUCAUCGCUACAUAAUGGUUCUUUUCGAGCAAAAAGAACCAUUAGGUUUUCUGGCACCGCCAUCAUCUCGUGCUCAUUUCUACACUCGCGAAUUUGCAUAUCAGGUUAACCUCGGACCGCCGGUUGCAGUAGUUUAUUUCUAUGCUCAGCGAGAACCAUCCGGCAGAAGACGUUGA